AUGUGUCGAGUAUUGUGUUUCAACAAGCUAGCGGUAUUCGCCAUCGUGACCUGCGCUGCGCUGUGUGCAGCCCUUGAUGUGUGUGAACACGGCGUUGUGAACCAAGGCCUAUGUCAGAAGACGUGCUUCAACGAGUCGUGCUCGUGUACCAUGUCUGACCAGACAGACUUCUCGAGCUGCUCACAGUCCUGCCACUUCCUCCACUCCUGCCCUGGCAUGACGUGCACCGGACGUGACGUGUGUGACCAGAAGUGCUUCUUCGGCAAGUGUGACAUGUCGUGUCACGCAACAGACCUUUGUUCUCAGUCGUGUGUGUGGGAGUCACACUGUCACGCGCUCACAUGCACGGCGCGUAUUUGCCAUCAGAUUUGCUCCGACUGCUCAAUGACGUGUCCCCCGGGCGUAGAGCGGUGCGAGCAGAUGUGUGUCUCUGGAGUGUGUGACAUGGAGUGUCACGCAAAGACGUGCCGCCGCACGUGUAGGGAGGCCAUCUGUAACGUGAUUGGCUAUACUAACGCUGGUAUUAGCAGCCACGUGGGAAGUCACGGUCCGGUAUGGAUGGGAAUAUAUUUUUUCAUCGUGUUCUUACACGUCACAUGA